AUGGCGUUGGCUCGCCUUCGCCUCCGCCUCCUCGACCGCUACGGUCUCCUGUCGCCGGCGCUCUCUGCGACGGCGCUGCGGUCCUCGCGAGGCCUGCGCGCGCUCUCCACCACGCUGCGGUCCGGCGCCGGCGAGGACGAGAUCGAGCGCAUCCGCCGCGAGUUCGAGAACGCCAAGCGCAACUACCUCAGCAUCCCCGCCGCCAUCAAGGACAUGCCCAAGAUGAACCCGCAAGGCAUUUACGUCAACAAGAACGUCAAGUUGGACGACCUCCAGGUCUACGGCUUCGACUACGACUACACGCUGUCGCACUACUCCGACCACCUACAGUGCCUCAUCUACGAUCUUGCCAAAAUGCACUUGGUCAAUGAGUUGAAGUAUCCUGAGAGUUGCCUGCAGUACGAGUAUGACCGCACCUUCCCCAUCAGGGGUCUGUACUAUGACAGACUUAAAGGGUGCCUUCUCAAGCUUGAUUUCUUCGGCUCUAUUGAACCAGAUGGUUGCUUCUUUGGGCGGCAGAGGCUGAGUUUGAGUGAGAUAAAAGAGCUCUAUGGCACACGUCAUAUUGGCAGAGAUCAAGCUCAUCACCUUGUUGGGCUGAUGGAUGUCUUCUGUUUUAGUGAGGCAUGUCUGAUUGCUGAUAUUGUUCAGCACUUUAUAGAUGCAAAACUGGAGUUUGAUCCAUCUUACGUAUACGAGGAUGUAAACCAAUCGAUUCAGCAUGUUCACAGAAGUGGUUUAAUUCACCGGCAAAUUCUUUCUGAGCCUCAGAAAUUUCUGAUAAAAAAAAGCCAGGUGUUCCGUUUCUUGAAGAUGCUUAAAGAGAAAGGGAAAAGGCUAUUUCUUCUUACUAAUUCACCUUUCUACUUUGUAGAUGGAGGGAUGCGUUAUUUGCUAGAGGCAAAUAAACCAACUUUCUAUAACUCAGAUCACCCGUUCAGGGUGUAUGACACUCAAAAGGACACCUUAGCUUUUACUGCAGUUGACAAGUUUCUGCCAGAUCAAGUAUACUACAAUGGCUGUUUGAAAUCAUUUCUGCAGAUCACAAAAUGGAGAGGCCCAGAGGUGAUAUAUUUUGGUGACCAUCUUUUGAGUGACUUGAGAGGACCUUCAAAAGCUGGUUGGCGAACAGCUGCUGUAAUUCGAGAACUUGAGGCAAAAUUGAGUAUAAUACAUGAUCUACUUGGGAAAUUCAACACAACUGUGGUUAGCACCGAGAAAGGCCAAGUCUAUAGAGCAUUGCUCGAUGAGUUGAAUGCAGAAAGACGACAAUGCCGAUCUGGGAUGCGAGAUUUGUUCAAUAGCUCUUUUGGUGCAACAUUUCUUACAGACACUGGAAGGGAAUCAUCAUUUGCCUAUCACAUUCAUCAAUACGCCGAUAUUUACACGAGCAAGCUUGAGAACUUCUUAUCAUAUGCCCCUGAAUCUUGGCUUCAUCCACCUCAUGACAUAAAAAUCAUGCCACACAAUGCGAAGGUCCCAGCAAGCCUGUUCAGUACCUCCUAG